AUGAACGACAUCAAAUCCUCAUUCUCUUGGAUCAUAGCUCCAUCCGGCCGAUCUCACGCCAACCCGGAACGAACGACUAAUCGUAAGCGUAAAACUCGCGAUGUCGAUGACGUAAGAGAGCCAGAUCGACAGCGCUUGCACCUAAGCACUGAGAUCGUUGGUGUCCGCUUCAAACCUCCAGUUCGCUUGGUAGGUAGGGAUGUAGAACUCCAUAUCUCGAACGGGGGCGAGGAACAAGACCUUCAUGUGGAAGAGGAUGACGAGGAAGGGGAUCUCACGGCUGAUCAACGUGCUGCAAAAAUUUACGAGCAAUUCUUCCUGGACAUCAUCGAGGAGGCGCCUAACCGGAAAUCCAGGCGGGAAGGAUCAUACCUUUCCAUUCCUGCCCGGAUGCGCGGCGACCUGGCGCGCCCAACAUUACUACAGACCACCGCAGUUCCUUUCGAUCAAGUGCAAUACUCCUACUGCUCAAGGGAACAGUGGAAGAUGCACUUUGGUCGGUUUUUUCCUGGUACUGCCGAAGACGCUGAUCGUGCUAUGAGAAGUCAGAAUUUUAAAAGGUGCAGAUACCUCAACCGCUACAUCGCUCUUGCACAGGAAACUGGACGCAAAUACCUGCCUAGGAUCAGACGUGCACUGGAGAAGGAAUUCAACACCCUGGCAUGGGUGCCAUGCACCCAAUCAGACCGUAUGUGGGUUACCAAACCAAUGCCCGGUAGUAUAUGGAAGACGCUUCCUAAAGGGCAACAUGGAGGCCCAGCGAUCGUAAUGAAUCCACUGUUGCGGAAGAAACUAGUCACCCUGCGCGCAUUUCCUCAUCCUGACGAGAGCGAUGAGGACGAAGCAGGCUCCGAGGAGGAUGAUUGA